AUGCGGAGACGUGUUUCCCUGAAUCGCCAUCCGUCGACCGCACCGCGAAUCCCAGGGUUCCUGCAACGGUCGAGCGUGUGGAGCCGGAUCUCUGCGUUCAGCUCCGCGCAUCUCAACUUCUACCGCCUCCACCUCCUCGUCUUCACCUUCGUCCCGCUCAUCGCCUCAGGCAUCUUCUUCGCCUCGAACGGACCGUCGAAUGAGAACCAGAUCUCCUACGUCGACGCGCUGUUCAUGUGCACGUCCGCGAUGACCGUCACCGGCCUCAACACGGUCGUCCUGUCCGCUUUGACUGUGUGGCAGCAGGUCAUGCUGUUUCUCCUCAUGACCAUCGGCUCGACGUCGUUCGUUUCCAUCCUCGUCAUCGUCAUCCGGAGGCAAUUCUUCCGCAACAAGUUCGAGUACAUGGUUGCGAACGAUGCGGAGGCGCGGAAACGUGUCAACGAAGUGGGCGAGCAAGAAGCCGCUCGAGCUGGUCGAGCGUACCGUGCCUUCGAUGCAAGCCAUCGCCCAGGCCACACGCCGUGGUACUCCGAUUUCCUGCCCGGCCAACACUCGGCUGUCCCCUCCCCACGUCCGUCGCCGUUCAACAGCGCCGCGCCGACUCGACAAGACGGCGAAGACGAAGAGCGGCAGCGCAAGAAGAAGAAGAAGCGCAAGGUGGCGAAGCUGCGGACGGACAUGAUCAAGCGCGUCGAUGUGCCGGUUCGGGUCAACAAGAUGAACGUGAGUGGCUGGUUGGGCGACGAGAAGCAUGAGGGGGAGGAGCGGAUGGACGAAGAGGUGCAUGAGAUGAAGAAGGUGAGAGAGGCGCAUGCGGCGGAAGAAGAGGCGCCAGCGGAGGCACGAGGGGCGGAAAGGACGCAGGAUCUGCCAGAGGUGUUUUCGGACGACGAUCAGGACGAGGAGGAAGUCCCUCCUCCGGUUCAGCGGCACGACGGCGAGCUGGCGGAUUCCCCUCGUCCUGCCAGUCCUGAACCGGUUGAGCGAGCGAACGGGGUUGCUGGGCAUACUCGAGCCAUUCAAAUCGAUACUUCGUCGAGGCCGGACCGAGGGACUCGAGGAAGGCGAAGCAGCGACUCGGUCGCAGCGGCGGCCUCUCGCGCGCCGGGCGCCGGCUUUCCUCGCACGCGCACGUUUGACCAUCGACACCUUGACGGGAUCACCGAGUCGCCGUCUCCCCUUCAAUCGCCUUCUUCUCCUACCUUCCGCAAUCGCGACCUCGAUGUCGGCCGCACCCGCACUAUCGAAUUUCGAGACCCGAGCGAAGCAGGCGACCUUCGUCUUCGCCGGAACAGGAUGCAUGCCGUCGACCCCGACUACCCGGUAACCCGCCGCAUGUCGCAGUCGAACCUCCGUGACCGCACCUUCAUUCGCACAACAACGGUCGACCAGGCCGCUAUGCACAGCGGCUUCGGCGGUUUCCCCAACCCGAUCUACGCCGCCGCCUCUCUCGCCAAGUCGAAGAUCCCAGCCCUUCGCAACGCUGUCGAGCGGACUUCCACAAUGCCGCGGACGACGACGAUGCUCUCCACGCAUUCGCAUGGUGGCACAUCGUCGGGAGGCGUUAAGCACGAAGGAACCGGCAACUUCAAGCCCGUCUCGUACAUCACGUUCGACGCCGUGGUCGGCCGUAAUUCCAAGUUCCACGGCUUGACGACUGCUCAGCAGGAAGAGCUGGGAGGCGUCGAGUACCGUGCUCUCACCGUUCUCCUCCGCAUCGUCUUCGCCUACUGGCUCGGCGUCCAGCUCCUCUCAGUCCUCGUUCUUGCGCCGUGGUUGUCAACGUCGGAGCGCUGGGCACCCAUCACGCGCGAGUCGAAUGCCAACCCGACGUGGUUCACGUUCUUCCAGGUUUGGUCCGCCUACAGCAACUUGGGCAUGAGUCUCGUCGAUACCUCGAUGAUCCCCUUCCAGCGAGCGUAUUGGCUCAUCAUCGUCCAGGGCUUCCUCAUCCUCGCCGGCAACACGGCAUUCCCCGUCUUCCUGCGGCUGCUCAUCUGGACGGUCUACAAAGUCAUGCCUUCCCGAUCGCGGACGCGCGAGACGUUGCAGUUCCUGCUCGACCACCCUCGCCGCUGCUUCAUUUAUCUCUUUCCAUCCCACCAAACCUGGUUCCUCGUCUUCAUGCUCGUCUGCCUCAACGGCAUCGACUGGGCGUCCUUCCUCAUCCUCGACAUCGGCAAUCCCGAAAUCGAGGCUCUGCCGACUCGCGUGCGCGUCCUUGACGGGCUCUUCCAAGCUUUCGCCGUCCGCGCGGCAGGUUUCUCGAUCGUCCCGCUCGCUUCCGUAGCGCCAGCUCUUCAGCUGCUCUAUGUGAUCAUGAUGUACAUCGCCGUCUACCCGAUCGCCGUUUCCAUCCGUAGUACAAACGUGUACGAGGAGAAGUCAAUGGGCGUCUACGACGACGACUUUGACGAGGACCCGGACCUAAUGGAGGCUCGCUUCGACAAGUCGCAUUCUGCGACGGAAUAUAUCAGCUACCACGCCCGCAAGCAGCUCGCCUUCGACUUGUGGUGGCUCGGUCUCGCCGUCUGGCUCAUCUGCAUCGUCGAGCGGCAUCGCAUCGGCAGCACGGAUUGGCCCGAGGUCACCAUCUUCACCCUGAUUUUCGAGAUCGUCUCGGCGUACGGCACUGUCGGACUGAGUCUUGGCAACGGCCGCAACAACGCCUCUUUGGCCGGCGUCCUGUCAACGUUAUCGAAGCUCAUCAUCUGCGCCGUCAUGGUGCGAGGUCGCCACCGCGGCUUGCCCAUCGCCAUCGACCGUGCUGUCCUCCUUCCUUCAGACUUGGAGAAGCACGGCGACGACACCGCUACAACCUUCUCGUUCGACAAUCUCGCGCGCGAGCCUAGCCUGCGCACUCGCUGGACGCGUACCAGCUUCAGCAGCCACACGGCCGUGGCGGGGGGCGGCUUGCAGGCGGUUGAGCCGCUGACCGACGAGCAUCGCUUCGAGCGGAGCAGGCGCUUCUCGGACGACCAGCACGACGUCGGGAACGGCGAACUCGCCCCUGGAUCAUCGCCCAGCGACUCGAAGGAUAGCGCGCUGGAUGGGAAGGAACCGUCGCUUUCGACUGCGGACGACGCGCCGCAGGGGAUGAAGGGCGAAGGACCGCCAAUCGAUCGCAAUCAGACAGGAUGGGUGUAG